CUCCUUUCAUCUUCGCGGUGGCAGACGUUUCUAUUUAUCCACUUGCGCUCGCCGAGUGGCGUCACCAGCGGUACUGUAAUGACGAUUGCAGCAGGAGGAUGACAGCUUAGAAAGAAGAGGGCAAUGGGGCUUCCUCCCAGAGGCGGUGCGGCACAGAGGAGCGCUCGCAUCACAAGGUGACCCCAGCUCCCCACUGCCACCUCCGCCGUCGCCGUCGCUACCGCUCUUUGGCCGCUCGGCUCCCACCCAGUCGCCCGGUUUCUCCCUCCCUUUUGCAGCCAAGAUCUGUCCGACCUCUGGGGUCUCAGGGAGCUGGGGGUUAGGAGCUCACUUGGGGCUUCCUUCCUCCCCCUCCGGAGAGCCCCAGGAUGGAGAGCCGAAAGGACAUGGUUAUGUUUCUGGAUGGGGGUCAGCUUGGCACUCUGGUUGGCAAGAGGGUCUCCAAUUUGUCCGAAGCCGUGGGCAGCCCGCUGCCUGAGCCGCCCGAGAAGAUGGUGCCCCACGGUUGCCUGAGCCCGCGGGGCGGCCCUCCAGCUGCCCGGGAGCGCGGCGGGGCAGGCUCGGAGGAGGAGCCGGUCGAUGGACUCUCAGGCAGCGCGGCGGGGCUGGGCGCCGAGCCUCGGGCAGCCGGCGCGGCCAUGCUUGGCCCGGGACCCCCGGCCCCUCCUGCCGACAGCCUCUCUGGCCAGGGGCAGCCCAGUAGCUCAGACACCGAGUCGGAUUUCUAUGAAGAAAUCGAGGUGAGCUGCACCCCGGACUGCGCCACCGGGAACGCCGAGUACCAGCACAGCAAAGGGCCCAGCUCCGACACACUGGCCGGCAGUCCCAACGGCAGCAACGAGAACCCUAAGAGCAACGGUGGAGGCAGCAGUGGCAGCGGAGGGUCACAAGGCACCCUGGCCUGCAGCGCCAGUGACCAGAUGAGGCGUUACCGCACUGCCUUCACCCGGGAGCAGAUUGCAAGGCUGGAGAAGGAAUUCUACCGGGAGAACUACGUAUCGAGGCCGCGAAGGUGUGAGCUGGCGGCAGCCCUAAACCUGCCGGAAACCACCAUCAAGGUGUGGUUCCAGAACCGGCGCAUGAAGGACAAGCGGCAGCGGCUGGCCAUGACGUGGCCGCAUCCAGCUGACCCCGCCUUCUACACGUACAUGAUGAGCCACGCGGCGGCCGCGGGCGGCCUGCCCUACCCCUUCCCGUCGCACCUGCCCCUGCCCUACUACUCGCCGAUGGGCCUGGGCGCCGCGUCCGCCGCCUCGGCCGCCGCCUCGCCCUUCAGCGGCCCGCUGCGUCCACUCGACACGUUCCGCGUGCUCUCUCAACCCUAUCCGCGGCCUGAACUGCUGUGCGCCUUCCGCCAUCCACCGCUGUACCCUGCGGGCCCGGCACACGGACUGGGGACCUCGGCCGGCGGCCCCUGCUCCUGCCUUGCCUGUCACAGCGGCCCCGCCAAUGGGCUGGCGCCCCGGGCCGCGGCCGCCUCGGACUUCACUUGUGCCUCGACCUCGCGCUCGGACUCCUUCCUCACCUUCGCGCCCUCUGUGCUCAGCAAGGCCUCCUCCGUUGCGUUGGACCAGAGGGAGGAGGUGCCCCUCACGAGAUAAGGAGCCGCCCUCGGGCUACCAGCUCCAGGAUGCCCGUGGGACUCAGCUAGGUCCCUCCUGCCCUCAAGAUGCCAGGGAAAGGAGAUGGCCUGAAAGGACCAGCGGGACUCAGGCUAGAGGAGCGGGAAGUCUGGGAAGCCAGAGUGGCUGGCAUUUGGGGAGCACAAGUGGGUAUGGGAAAGUUGAGUUUGAGAGAGCUUCUUUUGGGGUUUUUCACCUUUCUU